CAUGUUCUUGGCCUCUCUUCUGGUUUUUAGUAGAACGCGGCUGUUUGGAUCUGCAUUGCUCUUUGGCUUAUACGUCUCCUACUUGGGUUGCUUUUGUGCCACUUCCUGGAACAUAGGAGCACUAUGGUUCAUGCUGAGGGAGUCCUUGCUUGGUUGGUACUGGUGGCCCUGGGGUUGCUGGACAGCAGAUGCCAAGCGGAACGGGACUGCCGUGUGAGCAGCUUCAAAGUCCAGCUGAACUUUGACAAAUACCAAUAUUCUGGUGUGUGGUAUGCUGUGGCCAAGAAAGAUCCUGAAGGACUGUUUCUUCAAGACAAUAUAAUAGCCGAGUUUUCUGUUCAUGAGAAUGGGGAGAUGACUGCCAGGGCCAUGGGCAGAGUGCGGCUCUUUGAUAACUGGGAUGUAUGUGCUGACAUGCGUGGCACCUUCAAUGAGACUGAAGAUCCUGCUAAGUUCAAGAUGAAAUAUUGGGGUAUGGCAGCCUAUCUCCAGAAGGGAAAUGAUGAUCACUGGGUAGUUGCCACAGAUUAUCAUACAUAUGCACUGCACUACAGCUGCCGGGCACUCAACGAAGAUGGCACUUGUGCUGAUAGCUACUCCUUUGUCUUCUCUCGGGACCCACAUGGGCUAUCUCCAAGAGCACAAAGCAUUGUCAGACAGAAGCAAAAGGAGCUCUGCCUAGAAAGACAAUACAGAAUCAUUGUUCAUAAUGGAUUUUGCCCUUGGGAAACUAUGGAAACCAUUUCAUAGUUGUAACAUUUAUCACCUAAACUGCGCUGUUGGAAGUCCUUUCCUUUAGCUUUUGAAUAUAUUUAUCUAAACUGUGCCUUUUACCCUGCCUAGAAGUAAGAGGUACUUAAUAAACAGAGAUUAGUAUUGCUGCA